AUGGCAGGACUUCAGCUGCAGAGAGAAAACAUCUCUUGUUCCAUCUGUUUGGAUCUUCUGAAGGAUCCUGUGACUCUUACCUGUGGACACAGCUUCUGUAAGAACUGUAUGAAAGACCACUGGGACUCAGAGGAGCAGAAGAGGAGCUACAGCUGCCCUCAGUGUAGAGAGGCCUUUAUGCCGAGGCCUGAACUGAAGAAAAACGUCAUGUUAGCAGAUUUAGUGGAGGAACUGAAGAAGACUGGACUCCACGCUGCUCCUGCUGAUCACUGCUAUGCUGGAGCUGAAGAUGUGGCCUGUGAUGUCUGCACUGGCAGGAAACUGAAAGCUCUCAAGUCCUGUUUGGUUUGUUUGGCCUCUUACUGUCAGGAACAUCUCCAGCCUCAUCAUCAAGCACCUGCCUUUAAGAAACACAAGCAGGUGGAACCCUCCAAGAACCUCCAGAAGAACAUCUGCCCUUGUCAUGAUAAGAUGAUGGACUUGUUCUGCCGCACUGAUCAGCAGUGCAUCUGUUCUCUCUGCUCUGUGGACGAACAUAAAGACCACGACACGGUCUCAGUUGCAGCAGAAAGGACGCACAAGCAGAGAGAGCUGGAUCUGAGUCGAGAAGAAGUCCAGCAGAGACUCAAGGACAUAGACAGAGACGUGAAGGUGCUUCAACAGGAGAGGAAGAUUCUCACUCUCUCUGCUGACAAAGCCGUGAAGGACACAGACGAAAGCUUCACUGAGAUCUCGCGUCUCCUGCAGAGGAGAAGCUCUGAAGUGAAGCAGCAGAUCAGAUCCAAGCUGGAAACUGAGAGGAGACGAGUCAGUGACGCCGAGGAGAAGCUUCAGCAGGAGAUCACUGAGCUGAAGAAGAGAGAAGCUGAACUGAAGCAGCUCUCACUCACACACGACCACAACCAGUUUCUCCUCAACUACCGCUCACUGUCAGCACUCAGUCCAUCAUUGUCCACCAUCCACGUCCGUCCUCUGAGACACUUUGAGGACGUGACAGAGGCUGUGGCAAAGGUCAGAGGUCAACUGCAGGACGUCCUGACCGAGACGUGGAAAUACAUCUCACUGGCUGUGGCUGAAGUAGAUGUUUUACUGACAGAACCAGAACCAGAGACCAGAGCUGAAUCCUUCAGAUAUUCACAGGAAAUCAAACUGGAUCCAAACACAGUUCACACAGAGCUGUUAUUGUCUGAGGGAAACAGAAAAGUGACAGUAACUUAUGAAGAUCAGUCUUAUCCUCAUCACACAGACAGAUUCACUGAUUAUCUUCAGGUCCUGAGUAAAGAGAGUCUGACUGGAUGUUACUGGGAGGUGGAGUGGACAGGAAGAGGAGGAGUUUAUGUAGCAGUGACGUACAAGAACAUCAGCAGAUCAGGUCCAGAAAGUUUAUUUGGAAACAAUAACAAAUCUUGGGCUUUAGUUUGUGACCUAAACAGUUGUCAGUUUGGUCACAACAGAAUCUGGACUGAGGUCUCAGAUGUUACAGUCUCCAGAGUGGGAGUUUACCUGGACCACAGAGCAGGUCUUCUGUCCUUCUACAGAGUCUCUGACACCAUGACUCUGCUCCACAGAGUCCAGGCCACGUUCACUCAGCCUCUCUAUGCUGGAGUUGGUUUUCUUUAUUUUUAUUCUUCACCUGGAGACACAGCAGAGUUCUGUGAACUCAAAGAGUUCUUUCAGGAAAAGUGAGUUAAACUCUGAGUGUAUAGUGAAGUGUAUUUGAUUCAUGGUUAAGUGUAAUUGAUUCAUAGUUAAGUGUAUUUGAUUCAUAGUUAAGUGUAAUUUAUUCAGGGUUAAGUGUAUUUGUUUCAUGGUUAAAUGUAUUUGAUUCACAGUUAGGUGUUUCUGAUUCAUGGUUAAGUGUAUUUGAUUCAUAGUUAAGUGUAAUUAAUUCAUGGUUAAGUGCAUUUGAUUAAUGUUAAGUGUAAUAGAUUCAUGGUUAAGUGUAUUUGAUGCAUAGUUAAGUGUAAUUGAUUCAUGGUUAAGUGCAUUUGAUUCAUAGUUAAGUGUAAUUAAUUCAUGGUUAAGUGCAUUUGAUUAAUGUUAAGUGUAAUAGAUUCAUGGUUAAGUGUAUUUGAUUCAUAGUUAAGUGUAAUUAAUUCAUGGUUAAGUGCAUUUGAUUAAUGUUAAGUGUAAUAGAUUCAUGGUUAAGUGUAUUUGAUUCAUAGUUAAGUGUAAUUAAUUCAUGGUUAAGUGCAUUUGAUUAAUGUUAAGUGUAAUAGAUUCAUGGUUAAGUGUAUUUGAUGCAUAGUUAAGUGUAAUUGAUUCAUGGUGUUGGGGAUCAGCUCAUUCAAGAUGGAGUCACGUGCAUCUUGGAUGGAGAACACAUGGCCCCUUGCUCAAAGACAAAGAGUGUCAUAAAACUCAGUCAAUAAAGAUUCCUUAUCUUCCUUCUUUCUCUUCUCUUAUCCAUUUCACCGGAGGAAACAGGCUCCUCUGCUCUCCCCUGCCCUUCAGGGUGCAAGAAGGAGCUCACAGCAGCCUGCUAUCCUCCCAUCAGAGGCAGCGACACCAGAGCCUGCCUAAGGAUCAACCAAGGAUCCAGAGCCAGGUUAGCUCCAACUAGCUAACUUUGUGAGGAGGAACCUGAGCCACAGACACUAGAAACACAGUCAACCAUCUAAGUUCCUGGACCAACAGCACCUCAAAAGGACACUUUUGCAUCUUUUAAGGACUUGGUAACGUAACUGGGCCUAGCAUAGCAUCACACUACUUGGCUAAGCAUAGAUGAAAUGUUGUGUUGAGUUUACUUGCUCACACAAAGUGUCGUUGCAAUGUCUAGAUUAAAGUUAAUAUGAUGUUAGUGAUGUCCAUGCUUCUUAGCUCUCAGCUCUAGAUGUGCAUGCUUCUAACCUCUCAUCUAACCUGAUUUAACCUCAGUUUACAAAAGUAGUUAACCAAGAAACACAGCAGCCAUGCGGUCAAGAAGCCAUCUUUGAUUCCACCAUCUUGUUGUAGUUUCUUUGUCAACCGCCAUCUUGAUUUGUAGUCUACUUCUACCUGACUUGACCAUUUGACUUGCACACACACAGACUCCCUUUUUCUCUCUCUUUCACACACACACACUGUAUAUAGUUACAUUUAGUAGAUAUUCUUCAAAUCUUUGAUGUCUUUUUAAUAAAUGUUUUAUAAAAUA